CUUAGCUGCAUGGGCUGUGUCCCACACUGAGCCCAGGAGCUGCCACAGCUCAGGACCAAAACAUGAACUUGUUGAUUUAACCAGAUCAACUACUGCUAGUGACCGGGAAAAAAAAGAAAAUCCUCUGAAAUUUAUCUUUCUCUUUAGGUUUAAAAAGUAUUAGAGGAAGGAGGGAAGAAUGAACAUGUCUGAACUUGGCCAAAACUCCGAUGAAGACGUGUGUCCUGAGGACAUUGAUGAAGAUGAAAUCCUGGCUAACCUGUCCCCUGAGGAGCUGAAGGAGCUGCAGAGCGAGAUGGAAGUCAUGGCCCCAGACCCUGAAAUCCCGACUGGAAUGAUACAGAGGGAUCAGACAGAGAAACCCCCCACGGGGAGCUUCGACCACAGGUCCCUGGUUGACUACCUGUACUGGCAGAAGGCGUCCAGACGCAUGCUCGAGGAUGAGAGAGUUCCUGUCACCCUCUUGCCCUCUGAGAGAAGCGCUGCGGAGGAGAUGGAAGGAGAGGCCGGCAGCAGUGGCGAGGUGGCUGGAGGGAGGAUGCCAGGAACAGAGGGAAAAGAGAGACAUUACCAAAAUGAGCACGUGUCCGAGUCAAGAACACAACCUGGGGACACAAACAAAGAUAGAAGUGAUAAGGAGAGAGUGGUGGAGGAGGAUGAGAAAGAAGAAGCAGAGGAGGAAGAGGAAGAUGAUGAAGAGGAAGAAGAAGAUGAAGAAAAUGAGACUGAAUUGGAAACAAAGGAGAAUUACACCAAUGAGAGCAGUCACAUCAAUCAGAUAAGUCAGAAGCCAGGUACAGAACCAGGAGAAAUCAAAGAAAAGCCUAAGGAAAAUGAAAAGAAAAUCUCAAAAUUGAACAUCCCCCAGAAGUUAGCGCUGGAUACCAGCUUCAUGAAAAUAAGUGCCAGGCCCUCAGGAAAUCAAACCAAUUUAGAAGACAGUUUGGAGAAAGUCCGAAAAAACAAUCCAGAUGUGAAGGAGCUCAACCUGAACAACAUAGAAAACGUCCCCAAGGAAAUGCUGAUAGAUUUUGUCAACGCCAUGAAAAAGAAUAAGAACAUAAAAACGUUCAGCCUGGCCAACGUGGGGGCCGACGACAACGUGGCGUUCGCGCUGGCCAACAUGCUGAGGGAGAACAGGAGCAUCACCACCCUGAACAUUGACUCCAACUUCAUCUCUGGCAAGGGUAUCGUGGCCAUCAUGCGCUGCCUGCAGUACAACGAGACGCUGACGGAGCUCCGCUUCCACAACCAGCGGGGCCUGCUGGGCCACCAGGCAGAGAUGGAGAUCGCCAGGCUGCUGAAAGCCAACAACACCCUCCUCAAAAUGGGCUAUCACUUCGAGCUGCCGGGGCCCAGGAUGGUGGUGACCAACCUGCUCAGCAGGAAUCUGGACAAGCAGAGGCAAAAGAGGCAAGAGGGGCAAAGGCAGCAGCAGAUGAAAGAGCAGAAGGAGUUGAUAGCAAUGCUGGAGAAUGGACUUGGGUUGCCUCCCGGGAUGUGGGAAAUGCUGGGGGUGCCUCUGCCCCAGCUGAGGAUGCAGGAGCCCCCACAAGCCCCCAAACCCCCCGUCCCUGCAGCGGUGUCACUGAGCAAAAGGCAGGAGAACACGAGGCCACCAGCACCCGAGCAGCCAUGCAGGGAGAAACCCGUCAGCUUCAAAGUGGUCAAGCUGAAGAAAACUCAGCGCAAACCCCCCGUGCCAGAGUACGUGGAGCCUGCUGAGAAAACCAACCUCAAAGACGUCAUCAAAACACUUAAACCAGUUCCCAGGAGAAGACCUCCUCCCCUGGUGGAAAUAACCCCGAGAGAUCAGCUCCUCAACGACAUCCGCCAGAGCAACGUCGCUUACCUCAGGCCGGUGCCGUUGCCAAAGCAGCUGGAGUGAGAGACCAGACUGACCUGAAGAAAAACAACUUGGAAUAAGGACUACUCAAGUUUUGCUUACAACUGUUUCAGCAGAUGUUUUCUGCAGAACCCAGGUGGUGUAUUCAACUCUUUGGGAACAAAGCUUGUGAUACACACUUGUAGAAGUGUGGUGAAAAGGGCUGGCAUGGGAAAAGUCAGUGCUAAGCGUUUCCAUCAGGUAUCAAACAAUCCCGCUGCCAUCUGUCUGCCAAGUGGAUUUGAGGCUUCAGUUUGUUGUGGGAGUAUUUUCUCAGAGGCAUCAAUAACCUUGUCUUUCUAGUUUGUCAGCAAACUAUUUUGCUUCCACGUUGUCCUUCUGCUGCCAGAUUCUGCAGGAACUCGCUGUGCUUUAUCUUAUCUUUCUUUUCACACACAUGCUAUUUUAUUACUCUUGUCCAUGAGAAAUGUAUUUGGUUUCUACGUAUACAGCUUCAUUUUUUAGGCUAAGGAAACAGAAAUGAAAUAAAGCUCUCUCUGUAAAAAGUGUGCAGCACUUCCAUUGGUAACAAAGCACUCACAGAAUGACUGCUCUGGUACAACGAACACCUUCCAAGCUCCCUCUAUUUCAGAACAAUGUCUGGUGGGUAUUUACCUGAUCAGCGUUUAAAAGAUGAUGCCGUGCUCUGCUUUGAGAACUGUUAUGUUCAUUCCCUGUGAUUCACCACUCUCUUACUGCAAUCCUUAAUUGCAGCCACCUUGGAGAGCACUGAAAUGCCAUUUUAGGUCUCUCUUCAUGCUGUUUGUGGCAGGAGGAUGAGCCUCGCCUCUUUUCCAGGGGUUUAAGAAACUCCUAAUUCCUCCUAGUAUGAUGUGUGAAUAGCAUGCCACAUCCUGGCAGGGCUGGAUUUGAAGGGGUAAAACCUGUAAAUACACAACUCAGUUUUUCCUUAAUAUUUUUGUGAUUUUUUUUUCCUCCCUCUUUAUGAUCACAUUAAGUCCUCCUGCUGUAUUUCUUGCCCAGCAGCUACAGGUUAAGUCCACUCUUGUGAAAUACAAGAGACCAAUUGUUUUUGAGGCUUUUUUCUUUGUUUUUUAAAGCUAUAAGGCACAGGGAAAGAAUAAAGGCUUUCCCUGUGCUAAAAUGUACCUCCCUGUGGCUGCUUGAUCCAAAGGCACAGCUUUGCAGGACUUCCUUCAGGUGAGUUAAUCUCUGAGUGGUAACUCUUAGCAACCUUCCCUUGGCAGCUAAAUCCCAGGUCCUCCCUGCUCCCCCUUCCCAUGUUUAUUUUAAUAGUCCUGUAGUAACAGCAAUGUCCAAGACCUCUUGAAUCCAAGGUAGUCUCUACUGUCACUUGUUCAAAUUUUCAUUUGUUCUUGUCCUUUUGGUACCUAUCACCUGGUCUCGUUCCAAUCUCCACCUUCCAAACUUGUAAAGCUCCUUCUCAGCUCUGCUUUUGUUUGCAAAUGUAAUGCCCCAAACUUGGGAAAGCUGGUUUCUGUAUUGCCCAAGAGAGAGCAAGUAGCUUUUAAGCAUCACAUAACAAGGAAGUGACAUUAAAAAAAAAAAAAAAAAAAGUAAUUUUCAUUGCAGCCCUCUCUUUUUGUAAAGGAGAAGAGCAGGAAAGGAAGAAGCUUGGUACUUCCAACCAAGCCCUUGCACAGAGCACAGCAGCAAGUGACAAAUGCACCAAGUCACUGCCCAGGAAAGCUCCUGGAGCACACUGCUCUCCAGACUGGCUUCAAGGCCAGGCAGGUGCAGCUCAGACUGCAGCAGUUGGGGCAGGGAAGCACAAAGGAAUAUAUAAUAUAGUGCUUUACAAUCUCCAAUUCAAGCUGCCAGGCACCAAUUACUGCUACACCCAGAAGCUGCCAAACACGAAUUUCCAGGGUGGAUAGAGUAUGACCUGUGAAACUCUGCUCUGAUCCACGUUCUCUCACCGAGCAGCCUCUCAGUGAUCACAGGAGGAGGGAGCAGACACAGACAUCACACCAUUAGUUUGACUGCAGCAGAGCUGGUAGUAGUACUGCUCAAGGCACAGCUCUCAGUAAUCCUAGAAGCAGAAAUCCCUCUCAGGUAAUUAACAGGAAUUGAAAUCCCAGUUAAGUAGAGUUGAGUUAUAUAAGAGACCAAAGCUGCAUGAAGAAAUACUGUAAGUAUUCCACCUCUGUAGAGCAGCUGUUUUAAGGAUGCAAGAGCAAGGCUGGACCAUUUCAGCUCAGAAGUCCCCUGGGCCUCAACAAAGCUGACACAGAGCAGUCAGAGCCAGCAGCUUAAUCCCCAGCACGGGCUAGUGGCACGAGGCACAGGGUGACAGCAGAUCUCCCACCAUCUCAACCACAGACACAGGCACAAGCUUGAGUUUCCAACCAUUAGAAUUUAUUUUUCUUCAUAACUGUGCAGUUUUUAAAAUGCUACUGUAAUGAUGAAGUCAGCUACUAUGUUCUUUAGGUGUGGAAACAGUUCUUGAAAACAAAGACCAUGCGCUACAAGUGAGGAACAGGCCAUUGACUCUUCAGCUGGAA